AUGGUAACGCGCAUUCCGGAAAAAGGCAAAACUUCUUUGGACUACUUUCGUUACUUUAUUGACGAGGAAGUUGUUAAAAUUUUUGUUGAAAACACCAAUUUAUAUGCAGAAAAACAUAACAGAGAGGGCAAUUGUACAGAAAAUGAAAUUCUAACUUUCACUGCGAUUUUAUUGCUUAGUGGUUACAUAAAAGUUCCACGUAAACAUAUGUAUUGGCAAUCAAAUUUGGAAAGCCAUAAUACAUUGGUUGCAGAUGCUAUGUCUCGAAACCAUUUCCAGUUUAUCAUGUCUAAUUUACAUGUAUGUGACAACGACAAACUAAGCCCAACUGAUAAAUUUGCUAAAAUAAGGCCAUUGUUGGAUAUGCUGAACAAAAGAUUUAUGGACUUUUCUCCUCACGAACAAAAUCAUUCCGUAGACGAGUCGAUGGUUCCUUAUUUUGGACGCCACAGCGCAAUUUAUAAGAGGCAAACCUAUCCGUUUUGGAAUGAAAUUUUGGUGCGGGGGUACGUCAAGUGGCUACUUAUCGUGGUUGGAUCCAUAUCAAGGCGCACAACCGGCACAAAUAACUACCAAGACAAAGGACUUGGUUAUGUUGUAGUUAUGACAUACGUGGAUCAACUUCCUCCUCAAAUUCCAUUCCGGAUAUAUUUCGACAACUUGUUCACAAGUUUCAAUCUAUUGAAUGAUCUGAAAGAGAGAAACAUUGAGGCGAUUGGAACUAUCAGAGUAAAUCGAAUUGACACGAGCUGCACUUUAUCCAAUAUUGAUGUUAUGAAAAAGACGGAAAGGGGAUCUUAUGAAUAUGAAUGCUAA